AUGCCUUGCUGCCCUCAGCCAAGGCUUUGCUGCCUCCAACUGCCCCCGAUCUGCCUCCCACCACCGCCGCCACUCAGUUGCUGCACCAUUUCGGUCGGUUUCAAGCUGAGGACGAUUAAAAGUGAAAGAAAAACUAGAAAUAGAUGUACAGAAUCGAAGGUGUUUGCUACGAGAGAAUUUUGAAACAUGAGUCAAAAUCUUGACCUUGAUGAUUAGACAUCUUGAUUUUUUCUUUAAUUCACUUUUUCGAUCAUUUUCCAGAGAAUGAUCCCUAUUUCCUUUCUAAAAAUCAUUCUCGACUAUUGUCUUAUCUCAUUUGAAUCUCGAUUCAGAAAGUAAUCUUCGGCUGGAAGCUUGAAAAAAUCGGAAUCCUACUUUGUGAGAAAAAAAACCUUCAAAGUUUUCUUCCCUUUUUUAUGCUUAAAGUUAUUCUGAAGGUGAAAAAUCUAACAAUUUUGAACUAAAAGCUUCAAGUUUUUAUGCGAUUUCAAGCCAAAAGUUCACCUAAAAAUGAGUUUUUUAGUUCAAAGUACCAACUAUUCCAAUCUGCAUGCGAUCCUGCCCAGUUUGCCCUUGCCGACGUCGUGUCCAUCGAUCCCAUCGACUUAAGAGAAGCGCUCUAGGUUUGUUUAGGCUUGUUGUAACUUUCAAGGUUUCCGAAAAUUAUUUUUUCUGCUUUCAGGAGGCUUCUGUACCCAGUGCUCACAAUCCGGUGAGCCUUGGCGAGCUCACCGCCAGAAGAGACAUGCUCCACGAGCCGGCUCCUGCUCUUCCCCGGCUCCAGUUUUCCCGGUUUUUUUUUGGAAGGAAAUACACAAAAAAUGUUGAAAUUUAGUUUAUUUUCCUUCUUAAGGAAUCAUUAUGACUUUUGAUAUAUUUCUCAUACUUUUUUUGGUUGAGUUAAAGGCCGAAUGUCUCUGGGAAAUUUUUUUCUCAAAUUUUUUUGAAAAAUUGAAAGAAAAAAAUCUUGGAGACAUUCUUUACUUUCUAUUGGCUACUAUAACUGAUCAAAAUGACUCUUUCACGAGUUUUUAAGCUUUCUUGGAGGAAUAAAAGAACAUUGUCAGGGGUUUCGGAACCUUUUUUUUCGAAAUUCAUGUAUAUAUCAUUUUUGUAAGUUUUCAGCCCCAAACCGGAUGUAACCAAUGUGGAGCUUCACACUUGAGGUCGACUCGGGUCAAGAGAAUGGUUAGAUCGAAAAUAAACUUCUGCACAACUUCCAGUGGUCACUUUAGGGCUGCUUGCCGUGUCUGGGAAGGAAAAAGAGAGAGGUCGACGCCGCUCACGAAAAACACACCAGAGUGAAGAGAAUGGUGGGGUUUUUAUUCAGUUUUUGAAAUAACUCAAGUGGCCACUCAAGAGGUUCCUCAAGGAAUUCUUGGAGAGGACACAAAAAUUGCCACGUCCAUAGAAGCCACUGUCUUGCGUCUUAGUGGCCACUUCAGUAGUUUGUAUUAGUCUAGUAGUACCAAUUAGACUCCUAGAGAGGCCACAAAACUUUAGCCCCUUGAGUGGCCUCUAAUUCAACCAUUAUAGCUCACUUUUUUAUGUCUUAGACUCUAUAGAGGUUCUCUUUUUACUAUUCAUUCAUUUUUAGGGAUGCUUGCCUUGCCUUGGAAGGAAGAAACGAAGUGUUGUAAGUUUCCUUUUUUUUUUUUGAAGUUCUCGAAAAAUACGUUUUUUUAACUGGUCAUAACUUUAGUACCUUAUAAUGAUUUUGAAAGAAGGUCCAAAGCGUCAUUUUUCCAGCCGAACAAUGGAAAUUGCCAAAAAUGCUCGAAUAUGGGACAGCUCUUCCAACGGUACAAGAGGAGUCUUGUGAGUUUACUUUUUUCAUUUUUUUGUAAAAACAAAUUGAAUUUAUUUUACUUCAGCUUGAAAGGGGGGAUUCCAUGAAUUUUAGCUUUUUUGACCUUGCACCCGACUUUUUUUUUGGCUUUAUCUUCGACCACAGGCUUUAGGAAGUUUUUAGACCAUUAGAGAACUAUUAUCGGAUAUGUUUGAAGAAUAGCUCAAAGCGAAAGUCGAAAAUGGUCGGGUGCACUUUAAAAUAAGCAUCAGACUUCUGAAGUUCGAAAAUUUAAGUUUCUAGCUUUGCGCCCGACUUCUCCUGACUUUGUCAGGAGCGAGUGACGACAGUAAGACUAGAGAAAGAUAAAAAAUGUCAGGUGUAAACAUAGCUUACGAUGGAAUGUCAUGAACGGUCGGGUGCAUUGAAAAAAGAGGCUUCUAGUCUCUUCGAACCUUUUUUACGUCGUUAAGGCUCCAAUAUUUGAAAAUUCAAGUUUUUAACUUUGCGCCCGACUUUUCCCGGCUCCGCCAAGAGCGAGAGACGACAGUAAGACGAGAGAGAAUGAGAAGUUUCACGGUUAAACACAGCUCAAAGCAAAAGUCCCAAAUGGUCGGGUACCCGAAAAAGAGCGAUUUAUCAGCCUCGACGCUAAGUCUCCCUUAUUCACAAAUUAGAGUUUCGAACUUUGCGCCCGACUUUUCUUUACUUUACUAGGAGUGAUAGACGAAAUUGAGACCAGAGAGUCAAGGAAAAUUUGAAAAAAAAAGAGGCAUCUCAUUGGAACCUUUUGAUAUCAGUCGUCCUUCAAAUUCUUUCUCUUUUUUCUCGAACUUUCCUGAGCCAUCCUCUUUGCGAUCUUUGUUCAAGGAUCGGCUAUUAAAUGUUUGAAAACAAUUUUGAAUCUCAGGGCUGCUCCCCAUGUAACGGAAGGAAGAAGCGACAAGUUCCGACCACUCAGGUACAAAUGCUCAUUGAUUUAUCGCUAAUAUAAUCAAUAAUUUCCAGAGCUGCGCCUGUCAAUCUGCGAGGCAGAAACGGCAGGCUCAAGUCCAACCGAAAAUUGUCCGAAAAGUGCGGCUGGAACGGUCCUGUGACGCUUCUUGUUGUGAUUAUUCGAGGUAAUUUGCAUUUCGUGAAGCGUUAGGAUGAGCUAGAAUGAGCAAUAAACAACAGGGUUUGUUAGUAAUUGACAGAAAACGGCCUUAUAUAAUUAAUAAGUUGAGCUAAAAUGAGCAAUAAUUCUCUGAGGGAAAUGAGAACUCGAAAUUGGCAGAAAAUCGCCUGAGAAAAUGAAUAAGAUGAGCUAGAAUGAGGAAUAUAAUUCCUAGUCUGCUCAUUUAGGAGUGAAUUUCAACAGAAACGUCUUUAAAAAUAAUGAGGGGUAAGCUGGGAUAAAAAUUGGAAUUUCUAAUUUUUUUCAUUGAUGGUUUCUCACAGAAAAAGCUUGAAAAACUGCUUCAGAAUGAGCUAGAAUGAGCAAUACAAUUUUUGAGUUCCACUUGAAAUUUUCUAAAUGACAGCACCUUCUCUCUUUUCUUCCGAGUCAUAGAAAAAUGAAAAUAGCACGUAAACGUGAGAGAGAGCGUGAGAAAAAGAAAACAGGUUAGAUUGUUUCAUGACGUAGUGAAUAAGGCUACGAUAUGAUGAGAAAAGGUAACAAUAAUAUGAGUUAAGAUGAGCAAUAUGUCUGAUCGCUUUUUGAAAGAGAAAAUUCUUGGCGUGACAUUGGAAAAUUUAUAAUUUUUUCGAAGGUUAAGAGGGGAGUAACGGGAAAAAUAAAUGGCUAAUAUGAGCAACAUAUGACUUGGAAGAUCUAUGACAAAAGUUUGGUAAACUUGAGAAAUUUUCGUAUAAAAUGAGCAAUAUUUUCAGUUGUCCGGAUGAAAGACUGGCGGCGUUCUCAAUCUUCAUGUAA